GUGAGUGCAGGUAUUGUUCACUUCCGGUUAUAAACAAUAACAUGGGGAAAAAUUACUGUACCGUUAAAGACUGUCACAAUGUCUCUGGGCGUAUUGGUAGAUUUGGUAAACCGGUAAAACUGCAUGAAUUACCAAAUAAACAACACCUUCGCACUGCGUGGCUUAGAGCUAUAAGCCGUAAACACUUUAAUCCCAAGCGAACUCAGGUGUGUUCUGACCACUUCCCUGAAGGAAAUGGAAGGACUUGGAACAAUCAAGUUCCAACCCUUUUCCUUCCUCACAAGACAGUGAAAUCAGUUAAAGUAAGACUGUCAACGAACAGUAAUAAGAUGAACAUAGAAAGCCCAGUCCAGGCAGUAGAUGUUAAUGACCACAAUUAUUCUGUACAUCAAAUAGUGAAAGGACCAUCCCCCCAACAUCCAAAUUUAGAUAUCGAUCCUACUGAUAGCAAAGCUAGCAAGGAUAUUCUGCCAUCCUCUUUGGACAACUUCUCGAACUGUGAACUCCCAGAGAUAACCAUUGACGAUAUUAAGGACAAUAAUGACAAAAUGUUGUUUUAUACUGGACUCACUGAUUAUGGCACAUACAAAGCAUUAUUUGAAAGCCUAAUACAACAAGGAGCAGACAAGCUUGUGUUGGAUUCUUCAGCUAUGAAAACAGAAACUGAUGCAAAGAAAGGGGGAGCCAAAAGGAAGCUUAGAAUUGAGGAUGAAUUUUUUAUGGUUCUCAUUCGAUUAAGGCUUGGUCUUUUACUCAAAGAUUUGGAAUUUAGAUUUAAAAUUUCGUCUGGAAGAAUAUCAAGGAUCUUCAAGGCAUGGAUUCAGUUAAUGUGUCAGUGUUUGCAGACAAUUGUUUUUUUUACCACCAUUGAAAGAGAUGAAAGCGAUUCCUAAGUGUUUUGAGAAGUUCAGAGAUACUCGUAUUGUCUUGGACUGUACAGAAAUAUUUGUUCAAACUCCUUCAUCUCUACAAACCCAGAGUCAGACUUUUUCCAACUACAAGGGCCACAAUACACUGAAGUCUUUGAUUGGCAUCGACAAAAUUGGAGCAGUAGUUUUUGUAUCUCGUCUUUGGGGUGGAUCAGUAUCGGAUACCCAGAUAACCAGAGAAAGUGGACUAUAUGAUCUCCUAGAGGAGGGUGAUGCUGUUAUGGUGGACAAAGGAUUUAUACAUAUUAAGGGCGAUUUAUCACAACGUGGAGUUAAAUUGUACUGCCCUCCUUUUCUGACCAAAAAUCAAUUUACCAAGAAGGAAGUUGAAAGCACCAGGAGGAUUGCAUCUGCACGGAUACAUGUUGAGCGCAAAAUGGAGCAGAUCGAGAACUUUUGUAUUCUGCAAGGAGUUAUACCAAUAAGCUUAUGUGACAUUGUAGAUGAAGUUUUUUUUGUGUGUGCAUCUCUGACAAAUCUUUUACCACCUCUUGUAAAGUAGAACUAAGUACUAGGAUAUAUGUUGUAUCUGUGAUAAUCAUUAUAACAUGCACACAUAUAUCAUUGUUAUAAAUCUAAAAUGUGCAUUUUUGAUAAAAUCUUAUGUAACAAACAUGAAAAUAAGA